CUCGCAACACUAGAAGAAGAGGGACGUGUAAGUAAAGUUGAUCACCGACACUGUCAAGCUGCAGCAGUAUUUGCGAUUUUUGAUGAAUCUGGAAUAGAUUUUCACACUGGUGGAUCCCUGACUUCCCACUGGGCACAGAUGUCAGUUAAAUGUCAUUUAUUUUUAUUUUACAUUUGGUUGAGUUGUCAACUAUUGUGAAUUCAACUUGAAAUCAACAAAACGUUUCACCAUGUUAUUGAAUAUAGGUCAAAAGUUAGGUUAAAAAAAGACGAUAUCUUUCCAUGUUGAUUCAAGAUCAUCGCAUAGAUUUUGGGGUUGAAAGACGUUGAUUCAACCAGUUUUUGCACAGUGGGUUCAUUUUUAAAGGACUCUCCCUCACCAAGAACAUUGAAAAGGAUUGCGCAAUGAAUUGUGGUUCAUUUGACAAAUACAAAGUGUUGCUGUAAUCAACAGAGAAGAGGCACCAUUUUUCUUUCUCGUCCUCAGCUGCUCUUUCAAUGUGGAAUACCGUUUUGCUCCUUUCAUCAGGCUGAAAUCCACCAGGUUGAGGACCUCCCUCAUGGCGGCCUUUUUCUUCGGGCUGCUCCUCUUCGCGUUGCAGUCACCCCCUAUCCCCUCCAGCUCCGCGGAGAGGGGCGACGGUGACCGGAGACCCCCUCCGUCCUUCACCGCCUCUUCCCCCCUGGCCCUUAACAACACCGGGGCCACUGGUCACCCCAACGGAACCUUCCAGCAGUUGCCCCACAUCAUCAUCAUCGGCGUGCGGAAGGGCGGCACGCGGGCGCUCAUCGAGAUGCUCAGCCUGCACAGCGCGGUGGCGGCAGCCGAGAACGAGGUGCAUUUUUUCGACUGGGAGAGCCACUUCAAGAAGGGCAUACCCUGGUAUCUCAGCCAGAUGCCCUUCUCCCUCUCCGACCAGCUGACCGUGGAGAAAACCCCUGCCUAUUUCACCUCCAGCAUGGUGCCCGAACGCAUCCAUUGCAUGAAACCGGACAUCAAGCUGAUGCUCAUUCUCCGGGACCCAACCGAUCGGGUUCUGUCGGACUACACCCAGGUCUUCUACAACCAUCUGCAGAAGCACAAGCGCUACCAGCCCAUUGAGUCGGUGCUGGUGAAGGACGGAGAGAUCAACCUAGGAUACAAAGCACUCAACCGCAGCCUGUACCACCUGCACCUUCGGAACUGGCUACAUUACUUCCCCCUAGAGAGCAUCCAUGUGGUGGAUGGGGAUAAGCUGAUCAGGGACCCCUUCCCGGAGAUGAAGAGAGUUGAGAAGUUCCUGAACCUAGAACCGCAGAUAAACGCAUCUAACUUCUACUUUAACAAGACUAAAGGGUUCUACUGCCUGAGGGACCAUGGGCAAGAGCGUUGUUUACAUAACUCUAAGGGCAGGGCGCACCCUCACGUGGCUCCCGCCAUCCUCCACAAACUCUACCGAUUCUUUCAUGAACCCAAUAGGAAGUUAUUUAAGCUGGUGGGCCGAACAUUCAACUGGAACUGAGUUGUUGUUUGGUUGUGUCUUUGCAUAACAAUACAGACAGAGCCUGUUUCGGGCGUGUUUGUAUUACCCACAGUUCUGACUCUCAUGUCAAAGAGCUAAUGCUGAAGCUAGUGUACAGAAUAUAAAAUAUACAGUGCCCUCUGUAAUUAUUGUAACAGUGAAGCAUUUUUUCUACUUUGGCUCUAUACUUCAAAACUUUGGAUUUAAAAUCAAACAAUGACUGAGAGGUUAAAGUGCAGACUGUCAGCUUUAAUUUGAGUGUAUUUCCAUCCAUGUCGGGUGACCAUUUAGAAAUUACAGCACUUUUUGUACGUAGUCCCUCCAUUUUAGGGGAG